GGUUCGGAGGUUUGGCACAAGGUGCAGUGGCAUCUGGUUUCACAGUGCAAGUUGCCGUGGACCAGAACCAACGGAUGUUGGAUCUCUACUCCAAGGUUGGUGAGGCCCAUUUGAUCUGUGGGGACGUGGGUGACAGAAAUGUUGUGAGUGAGAUUUGGCGCCAUUCCAGUGGUGCUGCAACCGUUACCUCGGGAUUCAGUUGCCAGCCCUUUUCCACUUUGGGCGAUUGCAAAAGCCAUGAGGACGACAGGAAGUCGGGUUUUUCACAUGCUCGUUUGGCCAGCAAGGGACUCCAUGGAUGUCUCACUCGCAGUGCUCAAUUUCCAGAUGGAUCGUCCGUCAUUCGUAUUGCUUCCAUUCUGGACUAUUUGAUCCGAACCCAUAUGGGAGUCAAACCCACGGUGGUUGAGAUUGAUGGCAAGUCUGAAGAAGAGGAAAUUCCAGUCUUUGACUUUCCUGCCAUUGUUGAUGACCCCAACACAGUUGGUUGCAUGUGCGCCGACUCAUGCACGGUGGUAUUCAAGGGCAGUGCUGACCCGCCAAUCCGGUUUCAACUCAAGUGUGGCUCAACAGUUGAGCAGUUCCUGCAAGCCCAAUUUGGUCUCACUGAGCAUGUGGAUAUUGAUUACAUUUCCCUGAAUGGUAAGUGUAUCAACCGAGAUCAUGUGCUUGAGGUGGGUCAAUUGAUCGUCAUUCAUGUGAGUGAGAAUGUUCCCCAAAGAGCCACCCAUGAGAUUGCUGUCUCUCCAACUGCGAUUUGGUCUCAGCCGGCAAUCGAAACACCCAUGGCUUCUAUACCGCAGAAAGUUUCAAAAUUCGAUGUAGGUGAGUGUGUCACACCAACCAUGGUUCUGCCUGAUGAUCAAACUUGGCUCGACGCGUCUGCCUUGCAAGGCCUUACGGGUGAUCAAUUCCUGAAACUGCAGGUUCCAUGCGUGUUGAACGCGCAACAGCUUUGGUCGCUGCGUCACCAAUUCCUGCGCACAUCCGACAGAAUUGCCAUCCUUGAGAGCCAGAUGCAAUUUUGGGCCGACGAUGAAAUCAGGUUUCACUUGAAUGCCACAGUACAAGCAUGCCAGGAUGCCCGUGUCAAGGCUGGAGGUACCUUUCCUGAGAUUUGUAUGAUUGACCCCCUGGUUUUCUCUGCGUGGGUCCAGAACAAGGGAUUUGAUGUUGCUUUGUGGGCAAGAGACCAUCCUGAAAUUUCUACCAAAGGGGUGCCUAUUGUAACGGUCGCCCUCCUUGAUGGUCAUUGGGUACCACUGUUCAUGUCCCCGGUGAAAGGAGUCCUCAACGUCCAUACCUGGGACGGAAUGAAUGCCUCACAUGAUGGUCUUGAGGGGGUCAUCACUGCCCUUUCCGAUGCUUUGGGAUUCCAAGAAGCAAUGAUUUUACGUGAGCACCGAUUGUUUUUCACCACUGAGCUCUGUGGGGCUUUGGCCAUUGCUUUCAUUCGGCACGUGCUGAUUGGGACGCAACUCCCGAGUGAUUGCACUGAUGCAACAGUCAUCCAUGCACGAUUGAAAGAGGCAUAUACCAAAGAACUCGCAAGAUGCCAAAUUGCCCGUCGCCCAUGGAUCUGGGGUGCGGGCGACAAAACCGCAGGAACCCGAGUCGCAGCUAAUGAUCUGCAACUGGCGGUGAACAUCACACGUGACCAAAGAAUUGAUUUGAUUAAUGAAAAGGGUUUCGCCAUGGGUGAUGAUGAAGUCAGGUUUCACCUUUUGAACCUUGUGGAUAACCAGCCAAAUGCUUCUCUGCCUAUUCAUGAAAGGAAAUUUGUAUCCAUGGAACCCUUGGUCUUCAGUUGCUGGGAUUCUAUCGGGCAUAUCAUUGCGAGCCAGUGGUGCUUGAAGAACCCACAGAUCUUUGCACAUGGACAAAAUGUUGUCACUGCUGUUGCGGUUGAUGAUCAUUGGUUACCCUUGUGGAUGGUCCCUGACGGGCAAACCCUCCAGGUUCACACGUUCCAAUCAGACGUUGACUUCACUCCUGUUGAAGCCAUCAUUUCCACAUUGGCGGAAAAGCUGGGCUUUAGUGCUCAUGUCAUCCACAGGAUCCCACAAGGACUGCCGGAGCAUAUGAUGUGUGGGGCCCAUGCCUUGACCUUCAUUGCACAUGUGAUCGUCCACAUGCCCCUGCCUGAAGAUUUGCAUGAACUGAGGAAGACCAAGCUGCUCUUGACCAACGACGACAAGAUAGGAGUACGCGGGCUUCACGCAUGUGUCGAUUCAUGCAUCCGUGCAUGGCUGUACCUUCACUACGUUGGAGAAGGGUCUCCCAAAGCUGAUGCCCUUACCGAGCGCUGGGGUUUUGGACCUCAAGGACAGUUGACUAAGCUAUACAUGCCUUUCGUUCCAGUUUGCAUUUUGCAAGAAGCCCCUUUCCUUAUUGCAUUGGUGGACACCCCGCAGCGGCGGGAUAUGGACCCCAAUGUGAUUUUCCAUGAUUUGAAAACCUUUCAAAAUCGAGGCAUCAAUGUCCUGCUCAAACCGCAGCAGGCACAAGUUGAGCAGGUACACCCUCAAACAUUGGAAAUCGUUUUGGAUAAGCCAGUUGCCUUUGACCUCAGCAAACCUGUUUUCUGCUCUGGGGCGCAGCUUGACAUCAUACAUGCUGAGGCAGAUGCACUGUGGGUCAGCCAGGUAGAUUCAAUUGAAGUUGGUUCCACUGUUUCACAAUUGCAAUGCAAAGGAACGGACGAUGAGCUUUUCAAGAUGUUCCUUGAAACAUGGAAAGUGAUGUGGGAUCGUCAUCGUGAGGUUUCACCAGGACGUUGGGAUGUCAUUUUGCAAUUUGCUCGAGACAAGCUCAGGCGUCAAUCUUUGUCUUGGCCAGCCAUUGAUGUCAAUGCACUUGCAUACUGCAUCCAGCACAAACGCAAGACCACGUCUGGGGGGCUAGAUGGCGUGUCCCUGCACGACCUGCAGGCGUUACCGGUUGCUGCGCUCCAUAAUUUCAUCUCCAUGUUUGAACAAGCUGAAGACGAAGGCCUGUGGCCUGCCCAGGUUAUUGCCGGCCGUGUCUCUUGCUUAGCCAAAACGGCUGAACCCCAGCAUGCUUUAGAUUUUCGACCCAUAACCAUCUUUAGCAUCCUCUACCGUUGCUGGGGCACCUUUCAUGCGAGGCAUGCAAUCCGUGCCAUUGGCCAGCCACAACAUUUCUGGGAGCUGUUUGAUCGACAUGUUUGUGCCUGUAUCAACAUUACUGAGAUCAAUCGCAUCAUCCAGAGAGUUUUGCUUACCAUUAGCAGGGAGGUUGUACGCCAGGAAAGUCCUAUGCAGGAUGACCAGAUGCCGCAAGAUGCCACAUUGCCUCCGCCUCAGGUUUGGAGACCGAUUCCGACGUUUCACCCACCUGACAAGGCGAUUCGAUGGUACGGUGACCCGUUGGUAAGAACCAUAGCCAGUUGGUUUUGGCAAGUGGUGCAUGGUAGCAGAGAAGAUUUGAUUUGGGUUUCACAUUUCCAGCUCUAUGUGGACUUCAUGUUAACGACGGGUGAGCCCGGGCCGGUACACCAGUCCAAGUGGAGAAACGGCAAGGACAUCCAGGGCAUCCGCCUCCUGGGGUUUUCCUUUCGCCAGAGAGCACGUUGGUUCACCAAAUGUUGGAAAGAAAUUUUGAGACAUGCUGGAAUUCAGGUUGAAUUUGCAUACGGCAAACCGUUUUCACAAGUGGUGCAAAUGUACACAGGCUGUGCAGCCCUACCGUGGCCUUUGGAGAGAAUUUCAAUUGCUGAUGAGUGGAUGCUGAGCAAGUGUCACACCACAUUUCGAAGACAGGCCCGAAUCAUUGAUUCUUUGCCCUUUGCCGAUGCUGAUGACCGACUCCAGCCUUUUCUUGUUACAACUACGGUUGCUUGA